AUGAAAACCCUAUCCGAUGAGCAACUUACAGCCCUCGCGGGGCAAUAUUUUGCUCCGGCAGGUUUAUACCAACACACCAAAAGCCUCCCCUUCCUUGGGACCUUGGAGUGUAACACCACGUCACUGAUCGCCGGCCAAUGGACGGAGCUUAUUGUCGAGUACACUGUGGGCGCCAGUGGUUUAGCGGAUGGGGCUUGGAUCAAAGGUACAUUCAAGUUCUACUCCGACUGGGCUCUAUUCCAAACGACGGAUCCAGAGAAGGACAACUAUGUAUCGGCUGAGUACAUCGCCGGCCCGCUCCAUCCUGGCCAGACACCUGCGACGGUUCAAUCACUUGCCGUCCGAUUCGACCAAAAGGGCCAUGAGCGACCUUUUCAGAAGGCCAUCCUGAUUGACAUUGUCGACGGUUUUCUGAAUCCGGGUGACAAGAUCAUUGUUCGCAUUGGUGAUCGACAAUGGGGUUCUCGUGGAACUCGCGUUCAGACCUUCGUUGAGGACAAUUUCUUGAUGAGGUGGUACAUCGACCCCGUGGGAACCUCCAGAUUCGCGCCCAUCAAACCGGAUAUCGCCAUCCCAAUCAAACCGGGACCAAUCGCCAAAGUCAAAGCAAUUUCUCCACGCUUAGUCGGCCUUGACGUGUCCUUUCCGAUCCACGUCCACACGGAAGACGCGUGGGGAAAUGCCACGGCCGACUUGGAUGGACUGAAGACUCAGAUCACCAUCACAGAAGAGGGGUCAUCCGAAGCAAUCUUCGACAAGGAACUCGCGCUUCCAAACCAAGGAUGGACCGUCGCCAGCACAACACUGUCCCUCCCCAAACCCGGCGACUUCACCAUCUCCGCCUCCAUCCUCGACCACCACGGCAGCACCAUCAUCACCACCACCUCCCCCCUCACCGCCUCCGCCACCCUCCUCAUCCCCCGCCCCCUCUUCGCCGACCUCCACGUCCACUCCGACGACACCGUCGGCACCAACUCGACCACCUACAACUUCAGCUACGCGCGGCACAUCGCCGGCCUCGACAUCGUCGGCUACACCGCCAACGACUUCCACAUCACCGCCGCGCGCUGGCGCGCCGCCCUGCGCACCAUCGCCGCCGCCAACGACCCCGGCCGCUUCCUCGUCUUCCCCGGCACCGAGUGGUGCGGCAACACCGCUGCAGGCGGCGACCACAACGUCGUGUUCCUCGCCGACCCGACCGCUACCGAGUCAUCCCCGCCGGAGUUCCCGGAAGAUCGGAACGGCAAUGUGGCGAGGAGUUUUGAGUGGAAUGAGCAUGGGCCCGCGCAGCUGGAGCCGGGGGCGUGGCCGUUGGAUGAGGUGUAUGCGACGUAUGCGGCGCAUGAUGUGGAGGGGCAUUUGCUGAUUCCGCAUGUGGGUGGGAGGAGGGCGAAUUUGGCGUGGCACCAUCCGCGGUUGGAGAGGUUGGUGGAGAUUGGGAGUGCGUGGGGGUUGUUUGAGUGGUUGUUGAGGGAUGCGGUGCGGCGCGGGUGGAAGAUGGGGGUGUGUGCGAAUUCGGAUGAGCAUCGCGGGAGGUGUGGGGGCGGCGUGCCGGGGACGGCGGUGUUUGGGACGAAGGGCGGGUUGACGGGGGUGCUGGCGGAGGGGUUGGAGUGGCGGACGGUGGGGAGGGCGUUGAGGGCGAGAAGGACGUUUGCGACGACGGGGGAGAGAUUGGUGGGGUUGGUGAGCAUGAAGGAUGGGAUGGUGGUACAGGGUGAUGAUGUUGAGGUGGGCGUGGGAGAGGAGGUGAGGAUCAGGUAUCGGUUCUUUGGAGAGAGUGGGUUUGCCUCGGUCGAGGCUUGGGACGCUACCGGGAAGAUCUUUCAUCGCAACCUACAGCAAGAGGUGGAGGAGAAUGCGCCGGAAUCGACGCGGAGGAAACUUCGUAUCAAGUGGUCUGGAGCUCGGCUCUAUGACAGGUAUCGCGAAGCAGUCUGGAAAGGUUCGAUCCUCGUCGCUGGCGCCGUCAUCUCACAUGUACAGCCGUUUGGCGGGGUGCUGGAUAACCCGGAUGACGUGAUUGAACAGGCUUCUGAAAGCCAAGUCAUUUUCAACACACGGACGAGUGGGGACUUCGAUGGCGUUGACAUCUUCUUUGCCGAGGAAUCUGAGCUGCCAGGAUCGAUCAGCGUUACUGGUAAAUUGGGUGGAUAUGUCAAGGUCGGUAACAUUCUCGAAGGCAAUCCCCACAAGCCCCAGCCCGAAUUCAGCUUAGACGCUUCGUCACAAGAGUUGGUGCAGGCUGGCGGGAAGCAGAUUGACAUCCAGGGUGGAGCUGAGCUUUCUGUAUCUGCUGAAGCCCUCCUGGAUGUGACGCUUCCCAAAAAAGCUGAGGGCGACUUCAGUAUCCCUGCCAACAAGCAUUCCAUUGGGGACGAACAGGCAGUGUAUUUCGUGGGAAGGGAGUAUAGCGGUGGCAAGGUGAUAACAAGUCCUCUAUUCAUUCAGUAUGUAGCUUGA